UAACGUAAAUAUUAAUUUUAUUUACAAUUAUUAAUCUCAUUAACAUUUUUUCUUGAUAUAAACACUCGCAAACGCAUAGUAAAAGGAAAAUCAUUCCCAGUAAGGAGUUUUUCCAUUUAGAGGGCUUCGCAACAAGCAAGACUCAUUAUAAGAAGAAACGAUCUCUAUGUGAAGAAGCUCAACUGUGUCAGGUUUAAAUUCGAAAUUUCUAGUUAAGUCUAGAAUUCCAUUCAUCUCAUUGCACCUUUUGAUAAAUGGCAUCCAUCGCUAUCAAGCAAAUUCCCUACAAAAAACUCAAACAAGAAAGCAGUUACUUGGAAGAUGAAGAUAUCGACCUGAGAGAAAAGGUAAUUGGGAAAAUUAGGAGAAAGCCCUCUUCGUUCUGGAACAUCAAGUUCAGAAAAGUUCAUCUGAGGAAGCGAUUGAGGAUUAAGGUACCCAGCUUGAAGAAAUUCUUAAGGAGAAAAUCAAGAUUGAUUGUGGCGGCAUUGGAUAAAAUUUUGAAGAGGUUGAAGGAAAGCCAGUCACAUUUUGGGGAUCUUUUUGCUGGGAAUUACAUGUUUACACAGGUCUCUCCGACUCCAUUGAAAAUUUGUGCCCAAAAUCCCAAAUCUCCCUAUUUGAAAACCGUCGCCAGAGCUGAUUACCUCCAUAGUGGAUUCUCAUCUGUAGGUUCUGCUAGGUAUUAUAAUUCGUUUUAGCAUCCAUUAAUUAACUUGCAUGCGUUUUGUUCUUCAACUAUCUUUAAAUCGGCAGAUUAAUUAGAUUUUAUGGUACA